AUGAUCCGGGCUGCCGGUGGACACAGCAGCCCCGGGCCCAGGGUGUGGGGGGGGGAAGAUUUACGUUAUUCAUGGAACGGGGCAGGGUCCAAACAGCUCGGGUCGGGGUCAGUUAAGGGGAGAAACCGCUGGAUCGAGAGAGAAGGAGAGGGACAACAGACGGGAAACAGAGGAAGGAAAAGACAAGAGAAGAACAGAGACGCCGCGAGAAAGAGCCGGAGAAAACAAACCGAGAGAGCAGACGAACUUCAUGAGGAGCUCCAGUGUCUGGAGCGUUCAAAUUCAGCCCUUAAGAAGGAGAUUGCCGCAUUGAAAAAAGACUUGCACCUUUAUACGACGACUCUGGAGCGCCACAGGCCUUUUUGCCGCCGCAAAGUCUCCACUUCCAGCUCCGGCUCUACAACCUGCCUCUCGGUUUCCCCCAGGGCCGCCGGUCAGGCCGGCCCCAAUCCUCCUGCUGUCCCUCCCCAGGCCUCGGGCUCCACUUUUGCUGCUGCCCCUCCACGCUCUACCUCCUCAACCCAUCGCCUGGGCCUUCAACCCUGCGGCACACAUCUCUCAACUUCAACGUCUUCUCCUCCAACAACCACAACAUCAGCCUCACCUAGGGGCACGACUAAUGAACUCUGCACUACCUCCAGCUCUGUAACGGCUCCUUACCCUGCAUCCUUCUCUGCUGUCCCGGCUCCUCUCACGUCAAGGCAGACAAACAUUCCGCCUGUCUGCACCAGUGUUGUUUUAAACCCUGUGCCCUCCACUCCUCUCACUGCUGCUGCUCAGCCUCAAUCUGGACAAAGCAUCAUCAAUGAAAGCUCUGCAAUGUCAUCAAAUGCCGGGUUCUCUCUACUUCAUUCGGGUGCACUGGAUGCCUUUUUAAUGACACAGGACACUUUUUUAACUGAUUCAUCUAAUGUAGUGCCCUCUUAUUCCCAUUUAGGGGCAGAAAACACAGGUCUGGUAGCGCAAGGUUGUUCGAUGGAUGUGCCCCAGCUUCAUCCAUGUCAGUUCAGCAGAAAUCCUAUGGAUUCAAGUUCACCCAUUUUUCAAGAUCCUGCUCUUCAGUCCCUCUCAGCGCCGCCUCCUGACUCUGCUUUUGCCUUAAAGCCAAGUUAUAGCCAACAGGUCUCACUCAAUCCUGCGCCUCUGCUUUCCCUGCUCACUGUCCCGAGUCCCCUUUAUGGGCCUCAGACUAACUCCGGCAUCUUUGAUGGACCCCUCUCUCAACCUCCGUCCUCGCUGCCACAACUAGGGGAUAUCUCAAGAGAUCUCUCCCUGUCGGAGCUCCUGGAGGUCAAUGAUUGGAUACUAAAUGGGACUGUUCACCAGUAGCACUACAUUGCAAACAAAGACCAGCUUUCUUUUGCCAGAAUGUUCCUUUUCAAUUUAUAUACAUAUUUAGUAGUUUAAUCAAACUCUGCUGAGAAGCUACAGCAAGAAGACAGACAGAUGUGUACGUCUGACAUCUGUAUGGAAAAAAGAAUAUGAAAUAAUAAAUAUAAUGGUCAAAGCCAAUGCAGCAGAAGCAGAGCUAUCCCAGCUUUUAGUCCCUAGGUUAGAUCCUACACUUCCCACAAUGCAAUCAAUAGCAAAUUUUUGGUUAGAUGCUGGUAAAUGUCUUUCAAAUUCUUUUCUUAGAAUUGAUAAAGCUCCUCAAAGCGAGCGUUCCACAUUAAUAACGGCAAAGAGCGCUGACGGUUUCCGAACACCUAGCUGAGGUUUCAGGAUUUGGAGUCAGAUUUUUUAAUUUUUUUUACUUCUUUCCCACAGCUGUUAAAAUCUCCGACUUUGCUGGAUACCUGUGUGUACCCACCACAGCCCCACUCGCCAAAACUCUGAACAGUGAAUGAGCUUCUUGCGAGUCCAUAGCUUACAAGCCCCUGUAAAUGAAAUAUGAACAAACAAAACUAUGCAUUGAAAUCCAGCAGUUUUUCAGUCUCGAAUAAAUCCGAUAGGUCCCUGUUAUCCCUUCUUGAAUCCAGAGAUGAGACGCCAAAAAA